GGAAGUGCGGCCAGUGUGAGCUAGGUUCGUUAACGUUGGCUAGCAAACCGCUUUCUAUUUCCUCCUGAAAACGCUGGUUCAUUAUGAAGACCAAUAAGUCCUACAAGCUUGUGCUGCACAAGAAAGGUUUUGGUGGAAGUGAUGAUGAGUUGGUUGUCAACCCAAAAGUUUUCCCUCAAGUCAGUCUGAGAGAUAUAAUCGAGAUCGCACACCCCACUGAUGAAUACAGUCCCCUCCUACUGCAAGUGAAGAGCCUAAAAGAGGAACUUCAGAAAGAGACAAUCAGUGUGGACCAGACUGUAGCACAAGCCUUCAAGCUGCGUGCUUACCAGGAUGUCAUUGUUAACAUUGUCGACCCAAAGGAUGUUACACUGGACCUGGUGGAGCUGACGUUCAAGGACCAGUACAUCGGCAGAGGAGACAUGUGGCGACUAAAGAAGAGCCUGGUGAGCACAUGUGCUUAUGUGAUGCAGAAAGUUGAGUUUGCAGGAAUAAGAGCCCAGGCCAGUGAACUCUGGGUGAAGGGAGAGAAAGUGACCUGUGGGUACAUCAGUGAGGACACCAGGGUGGUGUUCAGAUCUACAUCUGCAAUGGUGUACAUCUUUAUCCAGAUGAGUUGUGAGAUGUGGGACUUUGACAUCUACGGUGAUCUCUACUUUGAGAAGGCUGUAAAUGGUUUCCUGUCUGACCUUUUCGACAAAUGGAAGGAGAAGAACUGCAGUCACGAGGUGACAGUUGUACUUUUCUCCCGUACAUUCUACAAUGCCAAAACUAUUGAUGAAUUUCCUGAGAUUCUGAGAGGGUCCAUCAGACAGGAUCACGAGGGACGUUUUUAUGAAGACUUUUACAGGGUGGUGGCUCAGAAUGAGAGACGGGAUGAGUGGACAUCAUUACUGGUCACUAUUAAGAAGCUCUUCAUUCAGUAUCCUGUCCUGGUGCGGCUGAAAGAAGCAGAUGGUUUUCCUGUUGGUUACAACUCAACUGCUGCUCAAGGAAACUACCUGGAGGCCAUUAACCUUUCCUUCAAUGUGUUUGACAAGCACUACAUCAACCGUAACUUUGACCGCACCAGCCAGAUGUCCGUGGUCAUCACACCCGGGGUGGGAGUGUUUGAGGUCGACCGUCUGCUUAUGAUUCUCACCAAACAGCGUAUGAUUGACAACGGUAUUGGAGUAGACUUGGUGUGCAUGGGGGAGCAGCCGUUGCAUGCAGUUCCAUUAUUCAAGCUGCACAACAGGACGACACCUGGAGACUCUCGUGUGGGAGACGACUAUAACCUUCCUCACUGGAUCAACCACAGCUUCUACACCUCCAAAAGCCAGAACUCUUGCAGCUCCUUCACCCCUCGAAUCAAACUGGCUGGCCGCAAGAUUCAUGCUGAUAAAUUCAAAAGCAGCAAGGAACACAGUAAGUUGUUACCCCUUUAUCUCUCUCACCCCUUAGCUCUGGUUCUUGACGUGGUUCUGUGUGGGAUUUAUGGAACCUUGCCCAUACCCCACAUUCCUCCCGCCCAGUACGAAGUCAGCAGCUCCCUGGGAUACACCAGCACCAGAGAGUUGUUGGAGAAGAUGAUGGACUCCCAGAGGGACUCCAGUGCCCCGGGCAGGUUCACAGUGGGAAGUGCUGAGUCCACGUUGCACAUUCGUCCAGGAGGUUACACCCCUCAGAGAGCACUCAUAAACCCCUUCACCCCAUCCAGAAUGCCCAUGAAGCUCACCUCCAACCGGCGGCGGUGGAUGCACACCUUCCCUGUCGGUCCUUCUGGAGAGGCAAUCCAGAUCCACCACCAGACCAGACAGAACAUGGCCGAACUGCAGGGCAGCCAGCAGAGAGAUCUGCUGGAGCUGGCCUAUCACGAGGCCACUGGAAGGCGAACAGCCUCCAGGCAUGCAGGGGAGAAUGGCCUUUACGUUGGUGGAGGGAUGGAAGAGUUGACCGGAAGUCCAGGGAGCAACAACAGUGGUACUUUCACCAACCGCGGCUCCUCAUUUCAAGACUCCCUCAGUGGUGCCGAUCCAACAUUGCUGCUGUCUGUGCCCAGCUUCUGCUGCACAGUGGGGGUGGACUGGAUGCCCCUCACCACCGACUACUUCCCCGACCGCCAGGCACUACAGAACGACUACACCGAAGGCUGCUACGACCUGCUGCCGCACAGUGACCUGGAGAGGCGGGAAGACGAAGCCCCAGUGAUGAGUGCGUCUGACGUGUUUGAGGAGUUUAUCUGUCAGAGGUUAAUGCAGGGCUACCAGAUCAUCGUCCAAACCAAGAAAAGGAAACCACAGCCCACUGUGGCCACACCACUUGGCAGCAGUCCUCUUUAUUCUAGAGGUUUGGUCUCUCUGCGUCGAGCAGAGGAGGUGGAGACGGUUUACUGGCUCAGUAUGGGCCGGACCUUCCAUAAAGUUUGCCUCAAGGACAAGAUCAUCACUGUUACUCGCUACCUGCCCAAGUGAGUACACCUGGAAGCCCCAAACAGCAGUAAAACUUUACUC